UCGCCCAAUUUACGAGCGAUUGUGAACGAGUGUAGUGCAUUUCAGUGCAUUGCGAAAUGCAAGUGCGUUGCAUUGCCCUGCUGGCGUUCGCGCACGCUGCCCUGGGAAGCAUAUUCCCCGUACCUAACCAUCUAAAUGACGUCAAUGCCGCUACAACGACUGGAACUACGAAUAAUACGAUAAUAACCAAGAGCACAAUGGUAGCGAGAAGAGCUAAUCCUCGUAUGAAGGCUCGGCGAUCCACAUCUUCGUCUUCAGGAGAUCGACUUAUCGGAAAAUCGAAAUCGUCAGGAGACUCACUAGGACUGGAGUCAUCUGGAGAGAGCUCCUCAGAAGAAAAACAACGCAAACCGCUCGAAGGAGGAGGAUGGAGAAAAUGGCACCGUAAAUGCACCCCGUGCCCCGAAGACAUGGCCAAGAAGUGGCGUGAUCCGACCAUUAAGUGGAUCUGCAGCGGGUACCAGCGCGCGCGCCGCUCCUUUAAGAGCGAGUGCAUGAUGUACUAUAGGAACUGCCAGGAUGGCACUAUGUUCACGAAAAUCCACGACCACCGUUGCGACGAAACUGCGGCCGGCUACACAGGCGGGCGGCACUUCUUCUACGACUACAAGGUGAAGUUGCCAGAAGACACCAGUGGAAAGAGUACCGAGACCGAAACCUCCAGCUUCGACUCAUCCGACAGCUCCGCCAGAAGAUCCGACAGCGGGGACGGUUGAAUAUUUACUACAAUAAACAUAUUUACAAACUAA